UCGGCGUUUCAGAGUGCGAAAUGCUGCUGCUAUUGCUGGUUGUGCUGCUCUUUGUCGCCGGAUGGAUCGUCCAUCUUGGCCAGGCCGAUCGCCGGCGGAAAGUGGCCAAUUUGCCGGGACCCGUGUGUCCACCGCUCAUUGGCGCCCUACAACUAGCCCUUCGCUUGAACCCAAAAACUUUUUUGGAGUUGGGUCGUGAGUAUGUGAGCCGAUAUGGUCACCUCCAGCGAGUUUGGAUCUUCAAUCGACUGCUGAUAAUGAGUAACGAUGUGGAGUUAAACGAGCAGUUGCUGAGCAGCCAGGAGCACCUGGUGAAGCAUCCGGUCUACAAGGUCCUUGGACAAUGGCUUGGCAACGGGUUACUCCUCAGCGAUGGCAAAGUGUGGCACCAGCGCCGCAAGAUCAUCACGCCCACGUUUCACUUUUCGAUUCUCGAACAGUUUGUGGAGGUAUUUGAUCAGCAGUCAAACAUUUGUGUCCAAAGGCUGGCGCAGAAGGCGAAUGGCGAGACCUUCGAUGUGUAUCGGAACAUUUGUGCAGCCGCCUUGGACAUUAUAGCCGAAACAGCCAUGGGCACAAAGAUAUAUGCGCAGGCUAACGAAAGCACACCCUACGCUGAGGCAGUCAAUGAAUGCACUGCCUUGUUAAGCUGGCGCUUCAUGUCUGUUUAUCUGCAAGUGGAACUGCUGUUUACCCUCACCCAUCCGCACUUGAAAUGGCGCCAAACGCAGCUAAUCCGCACAAUGCAAGCCUUCACCAUCAAGGUGAUCGAACAGCGACGUCAGGCUUUGGAGGAUCAGCAGAAGCAAUCCAGAAUGAUGGACACCGCUGACGAAGAUGUGGGCUCCAAGCGACGAAUGGCCCUAUUGGAUGUCCUGCUGAUGUCCAGUGUUGAUGGCAAACCACUGACCAACGACGAGAUCCGCGAGGAGGUGGACACCUUCAUGUUCGAGGGUCAUGAUACCACCACCAGUGCUCUGUCCUUCUGCCUGCACGAGCUUUCCAGGCAUCCCAAAGUCCAGGAAAAGAUGCUGGAGGAGAUCCUGCGAGUUCUGGGCAACGAUCGCAGCAGACCAGUCAGCAUUCGUGAUCUCGGGGAACUCAAGUACAUGGAGUCCGUCAUCAAGGAGUCACUCAGGAUGUAUCCACCUGUGCCAAUUGUGGGUCGCAAGCUACAGACUGAUUUUAAGUACACGAAUUCUGUGUACGGGGAUGGAGUUAUACCAGCGGGCUCAGAGAUUAUAAUAGGUAUUUUUGGAGUCCAUCGACAGCCGGAGACCUUUGCAAACCCGGAUGAGUUCAUUCCAGAGCGCCACGAAGACGGAUGUCGCGUGGCACCUUUUAAAAUGAUUCCUUUCAGUGCCGGACCACGAAAUUGCAUUGGUCAAAAGUUUGCCCAGCUGGAGAUGAAGAUGAUGCUGGCCAAGAUUGUGAGAGAGUACGAACUUCUGCCGAUGGGUCAGCGAGUGGAAUGCGUGGUUAACAUCGUCUUGCGAUCGGAUACCGGCUUUCAGCUGGGAAUGCGCAAGCGCAGUAAUACAUAAGUAUUAAGGGUUGUUCAGGGAUUUAUAAUAGUUUAUAAUUAAACUGACUAGGAUAACUCAUAUACGUUCGAAAAAUACAGUCACAAUUAUUUUACAGAGAAUAUUACUUAAAGUAUUGUCUCAACAACAAAAGAUUAAUAUAAGACUUUUCCGGAAAAUUAUUAAAUGGGCUUAAUACCAAAUACUUACUUUAUAUAUAUUAAUAAAACGAUUUUAUACAACUCAAA